GUCCUGUCUUCAAAUGUGUCCCCCACGGAUCACACCGUUGACUGUGUGGUUGGUUAUGAGAAGUCCGACGUUAUGAAGGUUAUGUAAACUUAAUGUCACUGUUUCUACGGACAGAUACACCGAAAAAGAAUAAACAGCACACCCACAGAAUCACCUAAGUGCAUUGAAACAGAAUGGCGUCCCCUUCACCCCAUGACCGCAGCCGUAAAGACAACGACGAGGAUGACCCUGUUGAACAGAUGAUAUCCCGCACCGGCUGUGCCGAGCUACACUACGCUGUGCAGGAGUGCAUGGCUGAACACCAGGACUGGCGCGUGUGCCAGAGCCAGGUCCAGACUUUCAAAGACUGCAUGAUGAAUUUCCAAAUCGCCCGGAAAGAACAGCUGAUGAAGCAGCGGCAGCAGACCUCCACUGAGUCUGCGCCCAGCUGAACUCACAACACCUCACACCCUCAUACACAUCGGCCUGGAUGUGUUGAAGACAUGCUUGAGGUGAAAAGACUGUCCCUAAUUUAAUUCUUGUUAAUGAAAAUAAAGUAUGAGCAACUACAAAAAAUCCUUGCUACUUGGACUUUCAAAUGUGUGCAGCAGAAAGACCAACUGAUAAAUGUGAUUAAUCAGCCAACAGAAGCUCCAGAAUUUGAUGGAUGCGCCUUUCCGUCAAAAUAAAAGCACCAAGCUAAUAAAAAUGCGGUGAAACUUUUUAAUUUAAAUAAUAUAAUUUACAAGAAAAGCCCCAAGCCAUUAAGUUAACCUUUUUCUUUUAUUGUAAAUCGAUGGUGUGCCAGAAUUUAAAGUUUUACUUUGGUGAAUUCCGGAUCCUCUCUCUAGACCGGAACCAGAAUCCAGACAAAAUUCAGAGUGAAUUGGAAACCAGGCUCUUCACCGUACAUGAAGAGCCUGGUGACGCGAGGCUAGAAACAGUGUCUUUAUUAUACAGUUUGUCCACCAGAGAGCACUGGGGCGUUAAUUUUUCAAUUGUAAAAUGCCCCACUCAGUACAUAUCUUUGUCACAACUGUAUUGUUUAAAAAACAAAUUUAAGGGAUCCUGAAGGGACAAAAGUGUUUGUUUAUUUAUGAAUGGGAAAAAAUAUAUAGCCUAUAUAACAAAUAAACUUCUUUUGUUAAACUAAAA